GCAUAUAAGAACAUAAGCUCUAUACUUAUUUUAAUUUAUUUCAUAUUUGUCAAUAGGUUCUGUUUUGAUAUAAAUCGUAUAGGUCUUCUCGUUGUUGUUGUCUCCUCUCAUUGUUGCUCUGUUUCUUGAGGCUUUAGUAAUGGAUGCUGGUACUUUAAACUCGGUGAUCAAUAGGUUACUUGAAGUUAGAGAGAAACCAGGAAAGACUGUUCAGUUGUCUGAAACAGAGAUUAAACAGCUCUGUUUUGUCUCUAGAGAUAUCUUUAUAAGACAGCCAAAUCUUUUGGAACUCGAAGCUCCUGUAAAAAUCUGCGGGGACAUUCAUGGACAAUAUCCGGAUCUUUUGAGACUAUUCGAACACGGUGGAUACCCUCCUCGUUCGAACUACUUGUUUCUUGGAGAUUACGUAGAUCGCGGCAAGCAAAGCCUCGAAACGAUUUGUCUUUUGCUCGCUUACAAGAUCAAAUUCCCUGAAAACUUCUUCCUUCUUAGAGGAAACCACGAAAGCGCGUCAAUCAAUCGCAUUUACGGCUUUUAUGAUGAGUGUAAACGCCGAUUCAGUGUCAAGAUUUGGCGAAUCUUCACAGAUUGUUUCAAUUGUCUUCCUGUGGCUGCACUGAUCGAUGACAGGAUUCUCUGUAUGCACGGCGGUCUCUCACCCGAGCUGCUUAGCUUAAGACAGAUUAGGGAUAUUCGUCGUCCAACAGAUAUUCCUGAUCGCGGUUUACUUUGUGAUCUAUUGUGGUCUGAUCCUGACAAAGAUGUUAGAGGUUGGGGGCCUAAUGAUAGAGGAGUCUCUUACACUUUUGGUUCAGAUACAGUUUCCGGGUUUCUGAAAAGACUCGACCUUGACCUAAUUUGUAGGGCGCAUCAGGUUGUUGAAGAUGGAUUCGAGUUCUUUGCGAAUAAGCAGCUCGUGACGAUAUUCUCUGCGCCUAAUUACUGUGGAGAGUUCGACAAUGCAGGUGCCAUGAUGAGUGUGGACGAUGACUUGACCUGCUCUUUUCAGAUCUUAAAACCUAAUGACAAAAGAUCAAUGUUCAGUUUUGGAAGCAGAGGUGGUGGUGCUAAAACUAGCUUCCCUUAUCCUAAAGUCAAGUCGAUUCUGAGUUCACAAAGUUCGAAAGGAUACAACUGAUGAAGGAUCUGAUUACUCCAUAACAGUCCACAUAAUGACUAUUUAGCAAGAGGAUUUUGAAUUUCGGAAUUUUAUGAAACUUUUGUACCGUUGUGUGUGUGUUAUUUUUUUCUUUCUCAACUGUUUGUAAAUUUGGAUUGUAAUGGUUGGAUUAUGAAAUUUUAUAAUAAGAUAAUGUUUUCAUUUUUUGGAA